UUUCUAAACAGCUGAGCAUUUCAAUAAUUUUUCAGAUUUCCUCUAAGAAAAUCCCUUUUUUCGCUGAUUUAAACUAUUUCUCGUGGAAAUUUGCAAUGUCAACCGCUUCCAGAUAUACACUUUAUGGGUCGUUAGGCGUCAGUUUAGGGAUCAUCGCCUACGUUUGCGGAAAACAGCAAUAUGACAGACAUGUUCUGCGAGAGGGUGUAUGGCGAGAUGUGGAGCGACAACAGCGAAAGACAGAAAAUAUUUAUUUGCUGCAACAACAAAUUGACUUAACAAAGCAACUAAAAGCACAACAAGAGAAAAGUGGCAAAAGUCUCGAGACGAAUAGUUAA